AUGGACUCAGCGACCCCUCGUCCUCCAUCCUCCCUGCGGUCCCUCCCCUCCGCCACGCAGCGGAGAAGGGGUCCCCCGACUUCCCUUCGCAUUGACACCCCAGCCGUCAACUCCGACGUAGCGCUGGUACAGAGCGAGAGCUCCGCCUCCGCCUCUGGACUUUCCUCUGCAACUUCUGACUCUGACUCGUUUGUAUUUCCUAACCCCAGCAAGCCUCGGACUUCCCGGAAUAUGAAGAAGCUGUCCCUCACCCUCCCCUCCGCCCAGUCCUCGACCAACUCCCUGCUGUCCACGGACAGCCAUGCCGUAGAGCCGCAGAGGCGACUCUCGAUCGUCUCCCUCCCCGCCCCUGUCCCCGCAACCUCUCUACGGAGAAAAGGCGAGGAGGACCAGAACCUCGGCUCUGCCCCGUACCAUGAUGGACCCGUGCAGAUCCUCCCGGGCAUCUGGCUCGGUUCUGAGGACAACGUCCGCGAUUGGAGAGGUCUUAUGGAACGCGGUAUCAAGUCGAUCCUUAAUGUGGCGAAGGAGGUCUCUACCGUGUUCGAUUCAGUGAAGCCACAUCGCGCAUUCAUGUCGACGCCCGACCUCAGCUCGACUGGAGGUGAUACCGAGUCGACAUUCUAUCCCGCUCACGUACCCAGUGGCAGGCCUGCGAUGCAUUAUCUCAAGCUGCAUUGGUCGCACGGCCAGGCGGACCUUGUACAUAGUGGUUUCCCAGCCGCAUUCGCUUUUGUCGAUCGGGCUCUUGAACGUGGAGACGGCGUGUUGAUUCACUGUCAAUGUGGUGUUUCGCGUUCUGCAACCUUGGUUAUCGCCCUGGUCAUGCGCGCAGCCGUACAACGAUCCCCCAACGUGCCCUGCGAUGUCUGGGCGCUCAAGGGUAUGCAGGGUGCCUACGACUUCGUAAAGGAGAAAAGCAAUGCUAUUGGGCCCAACAUGUCCCUUAUUUAUCAGCUAUUAGACUAUGAACGCACGCUGAAAGCCGGCACCAGCUCCCCGGCGUCGCUUGACCAAUCUCCCUCCGAAGCGGAAUGGAGUCGUCAGCGCUUGCUGAUGGAUCAGGCUACGACCGACGAUGAUAGGGAAAGCGUUGAGAUUAUGCGGGAAGCAAGGGCGCUGGACCAGGCCAUGGAAGACCGCUUGAUGGCACGCAAAUCGUCCAUGUCUUCCAUGAGUUCAUCUGGAUCAUGCCCAAGGAGAUCCAGAUACAUAUCACGCAAGCGUGCAGGCUCGAUCGCCAGCGUCAUGACUGGCAGCAGUCUGCUGAGUGAAAACCUCGUGGAGGAGGACGAGGAGGCAGAGCUGUUGGGCGUGGGUGGUGGGUUUGACGAGAGUAGCGAGGGCACAGGCUGUUCCAGCGCGGAGCCCACGGAGGACGAAGGCUCGCGAUCACGGAAGGAUUCUGGUGAGCAGCCGUCGUCAGGGUUCCUCACUGCGCGUCAGAUGCCCGCCUUGCGGAUGCCUCCCUCGGCCCCUCACCACAAGUCGAGUUUCAACCUGCCCCCUCCUGCGACCGCUAUCAGAGCAAACUUCGAUCUGACGCCUCGACCGCUGUCGAAGGCCCGGACCCGUCGGCCGCCCAACCUAGCUAUCUUGCCGCCUGUCCCGUCGUCGCCCAUCAUCCCAGUCAACUCGCCCCCAUCUCUACCGCUUGUCAACACUCGUCGCCCUCGCGCCGACGCUCGCAAACCUACCGCACCCCCGGCGAACCUUCGUAUCAAGGUCCAGCCUCCCUCCAGACCAAAACUUACCUCCGCAGUAUCUACGCCUUCCCAGAUGCUCUUUGUGUUCCCUCCCUCUCCCACCCUCGCCACGCGUACCCCCUCCACCAUGACGCUAACGUCUAACGCCUCGUACCCUUUCCCUCCCUUGGCAACGCCCCGUGUGUCGUCCUUCAAGGCUGACGGUCGUCGUCGGUCUUUCAUCGGUGUUCCUCCACCGUCGACACCCACGGUCGCCUCUUCUCGUGUUGACGCACGAGGCUGGAUCGGCGGCCUGGGCAAGUAA